UGGACAUUUUAUUUUGAAAAAAUUGAAAAGGAAAACUGUGCAAUUUUGAAAUUUUCUGUCCGUGUCAUCAAUCAUUCACUCUCCUCGCUCUCCAUGUAUCUGCAAUAAUAAGGUCGCCUCAUCAAAGCUGCCAAUACCAGCUUGAGUCAAGGUUUUUGGCACAUUGUUCCUUAGCAUUCUAAUAGAAGCAACAAGCUCUUGCAAGGGACUAUUUGCUCUCUAACCAUGGCAACAAAUGAAAAUCUUCCACCCAAUGUGAUCAAGCAACUUGCAAAGGAAUUGAAGAAUCUUGAUGAAUCUCCACCUGAGGGUAUUAAAGUAGGAGUAAAUGAUGACGAUUUUUCAACCAUUUAUGCUGAUAUUGAAGGCCCAGCUGGGACGCCUUAUGAAAAUGGAGUUUUUCGCAUGAAGCUGCUAUUGUCCCGUGACUUCCCCCACUCUCCUCCAAAAGGUUACUUUUUGACAAAGAUUUUCCAUCCAAACAUUGCAACCAAUGGUGAGAUUUGUGUCAAUACGCUAAAAAAGGACUGGAAUCCAAGUCUUGGCUUACGGCAUGUUCUUAUUGUAGUGAGAUGCUUGUUGAUUGAACCGUUCCCAGAAUCUGCUUUAAAUGAACAGGCUGGCAAGAUGCUGCUUGAGAAUUACGAUGAGUAUGCUAGACAUGCUAAGCUGUACACUAGUAUCCACGCCAAACCAAAACCCAAGUUCAAGUCGGGAGCUAUUUCGGAAUCAACAACGGCUCUGAAUGUUGAUCAAAGUAAUAUCUCAAUUAUGAGCAGUGAGCAGAAGAAUGCUGCAAUAGCAUUGCCGGCUGCAUUGGGGCCUUGCACAGCAGCCUCGAAAGGAGGAAAUAGUCAAGAACAGGAGACAGGUGGUGGAUCGGUGGCAGUGGCAGCGGCAGCUGCAUUAAUAGCUAGUCAAAAGAAAGAAGGUGGGGCAGCUAAAGCUCUGGCAGACAAGAAAAAAAUGGAUGCAAGAAAGAAGAGCUUGAAGAGAUUAUGAUGGAUGGCAAGUUUAUGUAUGUUGUUUAUGAGUCCUAUGGACAAGUUGUGGAUUUAAUUAAUCAAAACUGAAUCCUCUGUAUUGCAUUUGCAUUUUGAUUUCAGAAAAUGAAAAACUAGAAUUGUGACCA